AGUUCAUAGCGAGAUUUUCGUUAGUUAACAACGAAAUCGGGCGUGGAAAAGAUUAUUUUUGAGUCGUCAAAUGAAAAGAAAAUCAGAAAAAGAUUUAUGAGGAAAAAGAAGAAAGACUUUCAGUUGGAAUCUAUUUUCCGAACUCUACAUUAUUUGUGUUUUAUUUUGCCUUAGUUAUCGUUUUUUGUAUGUCUCAGUGCAGUUGUGAAAGGAAAAAAGCAGAAAAGUCAGUGAAAAGUUUACCUUUUCUUGUUGUAAUAAACUUUGCCGCAUAAUCAUUGCGUGGGUGAUAAAAGUAUAAACAAGCAAUAUUAUUAAUAAUCAAUUCAUAGUUAGUUUUUCGAUUUCAUUGAAAAAUUAAUUAACAGUUGAAAACGUGAAGAAAAAAGACGGAAAAACCGCACAUAGUGAAUAUCGUAAAAAAAUAUUUUUAGAAAGAAAAACAAGGAGGAAACUUAGUAAAAAAAUUCAGUUAAUUUUCUCUCGAUUCUCGUUUUGUUGUUGAUAAAAAUAGAACGAGACGGAGUAAGUAAAGGGGAGAAAAAAUGGCUUUGGUGAUGUUGCCAUGCGAAUUGCCUUGGUGGUCAGUUGUGGUGAGAAAAAUAACAGCGAUUGAAAAUACCGACGACAUGGAGAAGAUUCUUGAAAUUAUGCAAAAAAUUCACGAUUUAUGCAACAUAAGUCUUGAUCCCGAUGAAGAUCACAUGGAUAGCACAGUUUUUAAUGGACUCCGACAAUUUAUCAACGAAAUGGAAGACAUGGAACGUGAUAAAUUUCUUAAUCACACCAUCAAAAUCAUCUGUCGCUAUGCUAAAAACCUUAAACAGUAUCGACCUCCACGUGGAAUGAAUUUCAGUCUUCAACAGAAUAUCGACAGUGUGGAGUUUGAUGUAAAAUUUGUUGCAAGUUUAUUAGCAAACUCAUUCUUCUCAACAUAUCCGAAACGUACCACCAAGACUCAUCCAACGUUAAAAGACUUUAAUUUUACACAUUUCUUCAAAGAACUGAAUACGAACUCUCAAAAGGCCAAAUUUCGAAGCUUUUUAUGGUAUUUCGAGUGGUUGGAGGCUCAACAACAAGACGAAUUAGAUAGGAAAAUUAAAUUAUCGAGAAAGUCAAUUCAAUUCAUAACUCAUCCAGAACUUCUCAUAAUAUUACUUUUCGUCGAGAAUCUUGAAGAUAACGAGACAAUAUUAGCUGAAAAUGUUGUUCAAGUUUCACGGAUUGUUGACCCGAAAAACAAAGCGAUUCUUGAGAAACUCAUAAAACCAAAAAAAAAAUCGUCAAUGAUAUGUAUGGAUGCUGAAAGUUAUGAAACUUUCCCCCCCAGUCAAUACGAAGAAGACAAUUGCCUUCGAGAACUCAACAAGUGCCUUUUGGCAUUUCGGCAAAACACCUGUGCACCAAUGUCAUCGAAGUUGUUAAGAAUUUUAAGUAACCAAAGUCACAGCAGUCGAGACCAUAGGGGUCGAUUAUCGCCAAUUGGAGAAAGUUUCACAUUGUCUGGGAAAAGCAGCAUAGAUUGUGCAACGAAAAUUCAUAUCGAACCCGUCUCGCCAACAACUUCAACACCCACAACAUUUGGCUCUCAAUUGAAUUUAGAAGAAACCAAUAAGAGAAGGUCUUGGUUAAACUUACCAGAAAAUAAAUCAAGAAGUCAGAAUAGUAUAGAGAAUGAUAAGCAAACGAAUGAAGAGAAGAGAAGAGGACGAUUUAUUGUGCUUGGUUCUUCCGGCGAAUGUCUUCCAGUUAAUCGAGAAUUUUCUACAAAAACUCAAAGUAAAUCUGCGAGUUUUUUCGCCAACGGCGAUGGAGAAUCAGACGAUGAUGAAGUUUUUUAUAGUGCGAGAAAUUCCCUGAACGAAGAAGAAGAAGACUCUGAUGAUAGUCGAGACGAUUUCUUUGAUCAUCAACGUUAUUCAAUUGAACUUGAAACGCCCGAGAAUCGUUCAAGAUUUGCGCAACAAUUGAAAGAUGCAUUGAAGCUUGAAAACGGUUACACUGAAAGUACCGAAGAUUGUUCAAUGAAUGAAGAUGAUUUCAGUGAUAACUACGCUGUUGAUAUUAAUGUUGAGGGUUCGCGAAUGCAUGACAAGAAAAUUAAAAUAAGACGUGGUAAUAGCACAGGUUUCAUUCUGGAGGAUGACGAUUCACUUGAUGACUGUCGAAUCCUCCCACGCAUGGAUAUGAAGCGAUCAAAAAUUAAGAGAAACAAGACAGGUGAUUCAUCCAAAUACAGUUUCGAUACAGAAGCUUCAGAAUUAGAAGAAAUCUACGAUCAACUUGCCAAAUGGCUUAACGAUCCCCUUGACAAUAAAGAGAGAAAGUUAGAUGAACGUGACAAAGCUGUGCUUAAAUUUGCCGAUUCUCUUCUUAAACGAGCUUUAUCUGAAAGUUUCAUUGGCGAAGUAAUUGACGACUCGACACUUGACAGCAUACAUGAUGAUGAUACUAAUUUGUCAGUUCAGCAGAAACGUAAAAUGGUUUCAAAUUUCCGCUCACUAUCCCUUGAAGUUGCCAAACAUAAAAAUCUUCUUUCUUCACAAUUGAAUCAACACAAUUCACCUGAGAAAUUUCGUAAAUUCGUCGAACAGAAAGCAAUGGAACGUGAACGAAAAGUUAAAACAAUGAGAAGAAAGUGGUCAAUUACGACGAUGAUGAUGGAGGAAAACAUUAAAUGUGAUGUAACGUUAAAGUUAAGUCAGAAAAAUUUUCAUCUCAACGCAAAUCUUCGAUCAAUUGCAACGGGUUCAUGGGGUUGCGGCAGUCAACAAUCAGGUGAUCCACAAUUCAAAGUCGUGAUUCAAUGGCUUGCGGCGAGUGUUGCUAAUGUGCCAACAUUGAUUUAUUACACAUGUGCGAAAGAGAGUUUGAGUAAAUUAGAUACGGUCGUGAGGGUGUUGCACGAUCGCAAAUGGACAGUCGGGGAACUGCUUAGGCACACACUAUUUUAUGCGAAAGAUAUUCUCAACAAUCCAACCAACAUCAAUGACAAGAAUUUUUGCCUCUUCGACAAGCUCAUUGGAUUGGAAAAAAGCAAUUGAUGGUGAACUUUUAAAGACAUGAAAGGCAGUUUUUCUAUCCACCAAAAUUUAAUGAAUUUUCCAAAAAAAAAACUUUUCUUUUGUUUUAUAAAAUUUAUGGUAAGAAGAAAAAUAAUACUUGUGAACAUUAGCGUCUUCCUAAUCAAUGGAGAUUUUGAAUAAAAGAACAAACUUUGUCAAUUAUA